CGCCGCUCGCAGCGCGUCCCGGGGGCGAGGGCGGCCCGCGGCGGUUCGGCCUCGGCUGGCGGGCGUCGCCGCAGCCGGCGUUUGGCGGCGAGGCAGCGAGUCUAAAAGCCCGGUUAAGGCAGCAGAGCCGACGCGGAACCUCGCCGAGCCCCACCGCUGCCCCCACCGCUGCCCCCACCGCUGCUCGCCGGGCGGAGGAUGCUGCGCCAGCUCCUGGAGCACGUGGGGACUAAAGAGGAAUUCGUUAAAGUCCGGAAGAAGGACCUCGAGCGGCUGACCACUGAAGUCAUGCAGAUCCGGGACUUCUUACCUCGGAUCCUGAAUGGGGAGGUGCUGGAAAGCUUCCAGAAAUUGAAGAUUGUAGAGAAAAACCUGGAAAGGAAAGAGCAAGAGUUAGAGCAACUGAGAAUGGAUUGUGAGCACUUCAAAGCCCGCCUAGAGACCGUGCAGGCUGACAGCAUGAGAGACAAGAAGGAGAAACUUGCUCUUCGACAGCAGCUGAAUGAAGCAAAGCAGCAGCUCCUGCAACAAGCAGAAUACUGUACAGAAAUGGGAGCAGCAGCCUGCACCCUUUUGUGGGGUGUCUCCAGUAGUGAGGACGUCGUCAAAGCCAUUCUGGGAGGAGAUAAAGCUUUGAAGUUUUUCAGUAUCACCGGUCAAACAAUGGAGAGUUUUGUGAAGUCACUGGAUGGGGAUGUCAAGGAGCUUGAUUCUGAUGAAAAUCAGUUUGUGUUUGCUUUGGCUGGGAUUGUAACAAAUGUUGCUGCCAUAGCAUGUGGUCGAGAAUUCUUGGUUAACUCAAGUCGGGUGCUGUUGGACACCAUACUGCAGCUUCUGGGAGACUUGAAGCCAGGACAGUGUACCAAACUCAAAGUGUUACUGCUGAUGUCCCUGUACAAUGUGAGCAUCAACCUGAAAGGCUUGAAGUACAUCAGUGAGAGCCCAGGAUUCAUCCCACUGCUGUGGUGGCUUUUGAGUGACCCAGACGCAGAAGUGUGUCUUCAUGCACUGCGACUCGUCCAGUCUCUGGUCCUGGAGCCGGAAGUCUUAUCCAAGUCGGCCUCUGAGUUCCGGAGCUCCCUGCCCCUGCAGCGCAUCCUGGCCAUGGCCAAGAGCCGCAACCACCACCUGCAGACCGUGGCCCAGGAGCUGCUGGACGACCUCCGCGCCCUGGAGCGUGAUGUGUAGGGAUGCUUGGUGUGUCCCUUCCCCUCCCCCAGGCCCCCACUUUGUGUUCUGAAACCAUCACUGUGCGCCAUGUGUUCUAGAUGGUAGAAUGUGAGUGCUCGAGAGGGACGUGAACGUGUUUGUAUCCACACAACUUCCUGGAAGUGAAGAACCACAGAACUUCCUUCCUGUGGGUGGCUGGCUAGCCUGGCCCAGGGGCAGUCUUCCAGAAAGGCCCAUGUCCUGCACCUAGAAGAGGGCCGUCUUAGAGCGGCUCCUGCUGCUCAGGAGACUUUCUGACACCUGUGGGUUCCCCAUACAGAGAGGAUGAAAUAACCAUCUGCCCCAUUGGUCAGCAUUUAUCUGAGAUACAUUUUUUUUGAAAAACAAUUCAUUCUCUCUCUAGUUAUAAUUAAUACCCUAAAAUGCAAGUUUACCUUUAAACCUUUUGGUGAACCUGCUAUUUCAGGUGACAUUGGACAUUUUAGUUCUAUUUUUUGUGCCUGUUUUAUUUUUGAAUAAAGAAAGCCAGAAGAGUCACUGAUGUGCACAACUAUUGUUUUCUGAAAUGUAUACUUGCUAUUAGGAAGUUGUAUAUUAUAAUGCAUGUGCUUGGUGGGUAGAAAAAACCCUCCUUCCAUUGUUCUGGGCCAUUUGGCUAUACAUUCAGAAGUCCCAUUUUUCCUAUAACAAAUAUCAUGAAAAGGGCCUCAUAGAUUAGAGUCCAUGCAGUUGGUUGCAGUUCUUCACAUGACAUAGGUGGGUGUGUCCCAGGAUCCCUUCACCAUGUAUGUCUUUCUCAACCACACCUAGGCCACUGGCAGAGAGCACAGAGGGAUCCACUUCAUUUCUCACAGACACCAUGUGUGCCAGAGUGCAAGUUCCAUCCACAUCACCCUAUAAAGUCACAUUAGGGAACACGUUCGCUCCUCCCUUGUGCUGCUUCCCUCACAGUGAUGCUGCGGGCCCUUGGGCUCUGGGCAUCCUCUCAGAGUGAAGGAAAGAGCUGUCAUCCCCUGAUGGUGGCAGCCUAAUAUACGUUUAUAAGCUGUUUCUGCUGCGUGGCAUGUUAGAGUAAUUUCAUUCUUCUUAGGUGGAUCUUAUAGGCAAUGUGUAGUUUAUGGCUGAAGCUGAAGCCAGGGGCUUGGAGGAAGGCACAGUGCUGACUCGCAGGCCGACAGAUUGCGGAGCACUGCUAGCUCAUCGGAGCCAGAGAGCUGUUGUAAGAGACAGUUUGAAAUUCAUGGGUGCAGAAAUCCAUCCAUCUGUGUGCUGUGGUUCUGUAGGUCUGACUAUUGGCGAAUAAAAUUGAGGAUGUUGUGUGUUUGUA